GGUACCGGAGGAUCUUGGCUCUGUAGUCCGGACUAGAAAGAACUAUUCAGGUAUACAGAUCGGAAAAGCUGCUCAGGUUAGUGUUUGCGAUUACUUGCGACUGCGGACAGUGCAUUUUGGUGCGUGAGACAUUUAUAGUUUGUUUAUACUCGGCGUACCGGAAGAUCUUUCUGUGAAUAUGUUGGGGUACUACCUCUUUCUGCUGGUGGUAUACUUGAUAUGUAUAGCUAACAUAUCAGCAUAUGAAACGCCUUCUCCACACCAAUACCACAUCCAAACCGACGAAGGACCUGAGCGAUAUUUCCGAUACCAGACCGAUAGUGGACAAUACCGAAAAGAAAAACGACUCGAAGAUGGCACCGUGGUUGGCACAUACGCCUGGAUCGACGCUGAUGGCAUGUUACGGCAACGUGACUACAUUGCAGACAACGAAGGCUACCGAAUCCUUAAAACCAAAAAUGUUUUUGUUGGAAGAAACAUUAAUGUUGGAGAUGCAAUAAAAUCAGCCAAGAAGUAUCCUGCUACUGCUGGAACACUAGUCAAAACUCGUCCAGAUUCAUACAGAGGUCCUAUCCGAGGAUAUAAUAGUGUAUCUUUUGUGCCCAGUAGUACCCCAUCUCCAAUACCUUCCUCGAGCUACAGUCCUUAUAUUCCAAGCAGUACUCCAUCAACCUAUGAACCUAGUAGUACUCCUUCACCAGUAUCGUUUUCGAGUUAUAACCCAAGUUCGAUUUAUGUUCCUAGUACCACCCCAACGACUGUUCCGUCUAGUAGUUAUAGCCCCAGUUCCAUAUCAACAACACCAGGGUCCCCAUAUUUAAAUCUUGAUUUAUCAUUAAAAUCACUGUCGCCAAGUCCUUACAGUCAUUUAUCUUCAACAGCAGAACCACCGAUUGUACAAAUUACACCAAAUGCAUUCCCUAAAACAAAUUAUGGAUACGUUCCCCUUAACUUUAGUUACUUCAAUGGAAACCAAAUCCACUCCACACCAAUUCCUCUAGUUCAGCCCACCGAAGUUCCUUAUUACCGAUCUCCUACACCUAUAGCCGGUACGACUGAACGCCCUGUCAUAUAUUCCCCCUCAUAUUCUCCAGCUGACUUUGGUUCUUCGCAAGAAGUUGACACCAACUCCUUGGAGUACAAUCCCUACGUACGUCAAGUUAAAGAUACCUAUAGAUUCCAAAAUGGACCUACAUAUCCACUAGAUCGAAAUGGGCGACCGUAUGUUGGAUCAGAUUCUAGACACUCUACAUACGAUGGAGUAUCAGUUACCAACGACGGUUUCAGGUACUACAUACCAAGAGCCUAUCACGAAGAAGAGACUCAACCAGGUGAUAAACGGUCGGGUAGCUUCGGAUAUAUAGAUCCAUUUGGUAUUAGGAGAGUUAUUUAUUACAAUACUGCACCAGGUACCGGGUUCCAGCAUAGAAAGAACAACAGAUAUGUAGGUUUUAAUGCGGCACCUUAUGAUCCUCGGCCUUAUAGCGAAUAGAGCGCCAUGGAGGAAAGUUAACUGUAGAUUCAUCUUGCCAACUUAAGUGCCAAAUGUAGAAGCAAUCGAAGACGAUAUACGAAUAAUAUCGAAAUAAAAAUAAAUUAAAAGAAAGCAUAUUAAAACUGCCAUAAGUGUAAGAAAAUACGGAAUGUCAGAUCAUAAUACAUAUACUUAUGUAAAGAUGUUAAUUUUUAAAAUAUUUCCAUAUUUGUUUUUAUCUUUACUGGACAAAAUCUAGCCAAUAGUCAAGACAUUUCUUUACUCUAUAGCCAGAAGGCAUUAUCAGACUCGAGCAGCGAUAAUUAAAAUAAUUAUUGUUUUUAAAAAUGACAAAUUUUACUUAUACAAUCAUUUAUGAAAUAAAUAGAUGAAACGGAACCUAAUCUUAAACCAUUAGAAGGAUUCUAUCAAUAAAGAGUGGACAGGAAGAUGAAGACCUCAGGAUGCGAUGGAAGGACGAUAUUGUAAAAGUUGCAGGAAUUCAUUGAGAAAGCGCAGACAACGACAGACAGAUAUGGAAAGAUUUGGUUAUGGCCCAUGUCCAAAGUUGGAUAGAAAUGAACUAAAGAAGAAAAAAAUGAAUAAGGAAUAAGGUAUUCAAACAACAGUUGAAAAAAAAAAUAAAAACCUAGAAUGAAGGGAUUUAGUGUGAACCGUUGAAUGUUGAACACAGAAAAAAAAAUUAUUAAAUUAUAAAAUAUAUUUAUAAAAAAAAUAAUAGCAGCGAUAUUAGGACUCAGUGUAGUACCGAAGACGUUGUAAAAUAGCUUAGAACUAGAAAGAGAUUAUGGACAGACCACGUUCAUAGAACUGGUGAUAAAAAAUUUACAAAGACGAAUUGAAUGAAGAGAAACCGAUCACCAGCAGACCACCUGAUAGACCAACCAAACGCUGGUAUGAAUGUUGGACACAGGAAUCCCAACUUGAGCUACAACUUCGAACAAACAGGACAUUGUAUUAAAAUAAGAAGAAAAAGAAAAAGAAGAAGGAAAUGAAGAAGAAAAAGAAGAAGAAGAAGAAG